GUCCUUUCAGUUCUCAGGUUGAAGCGGUUUUGAUUCACUCUUCCUCCCCGCGUCUCACUGCGUCCUACCUCAGUCCUGUAGCACGAGGAUUUUUUUUUUUAAACACCACAACUACUUUUUUUUUUAAAGUUAUUUUUCUUAGUAAAAAUGGCCGAUACAGCUGUAGACACGACCACCGCCACAGAGAUUACCGCAAAGGAUCUGAAGGAGAAGAAAGAAGUUGUGGAGGAGGCUCAGGAGGACAAGAAGGAGAACGGCAACGGAGACGCACCUGCUAAUGGCACGGCGACUAACGGUGCGUCUCACGAAGAAACCGACAAAGAGGACAAAGCAGCCGAAGAGCCUGCAGAGGGGGAGGGUGAGGAGGAGAAGGCUGCUGAAGAGGAAGCAGAUGGGCAGGCAGUGAAACGUCCUGCAGAGGAGGAGGAGUCGGUCGAAACAAAGAAACAGAAGACGGAGGAGAACGGCGAAUCCACAGAAGCCGAGGCUGAAGCGACGGCCUAGAGCGUUUCCUCUGUUUUUUGGUCAAUCUGACCUAGUAGAGUUUGUGCUUCUGUGUAUAUUUUCAUUCUGUUAUCGCCCCGCCCUCACGAGAGAUUCGAUCACACUGAAGCCUGUAACAUCAUGACCCCCUUUUCUCCCCUCCCCCCUUUUCCCCCCCCACUUUUGUAUGAUGUUAUUUAUUGGUGUAGGAACAACAUGUUAGGGUUCUGUUAUUAAAAAAAAAAAUCUAAGAGAAUUUUUUUAUGCACAAGUUUCAUGUGCAAGCACAUAUUCUACUGCGUUUUUUUGACCAGCAGACGCUCACCCGUAAAAACGUACAAGCCGUGACGUAUAUAACGUACCUUUUUUUUUUUUCUUCCUCCCCUUCAUGUUCUGAUGUUUAUAUGGGUGAUCAUAUAAUUCAGAUUCACUUAAGACCAAAGAUAAAAGUUUUAAGCAGGGGCUAAUGGACAACAUUUUGAUCCUGGCUGUUUUCUGCUGCUAGUAGUUAAUCCCUUGCUUCAGCUUAUCUGUUAACACAACAGAUGGCGUCCAUGAAUGGGUCUCCUUAGUGCACGAGAGAAGAAAAGAUAACUUUGUCCUUUCCUGGCUAGCUUAUGUUAAUUAACCCCUCUUAAACCUUAAGGUUUUUGGUCUUUUGUUUCAUAUGCAUUCCAAAAGGUUUGUACCUUUCUUUUUUUUUACGUCCUUAUGUACAGUUUGGGUUUUUGUUUCCCUUUUUUUUUUUUUUUUUUUUCUUUUUCCGUGUGGGCAGUGCAGGAUGGGAAACGGUCAACAUGCUGGCACUGAUGUUUUGUGUUUUGGUUGCUUUUGACCACUGCUUUGUAUAUUCUGGUUCAGGCGUAUAAAUAAAAUCACUCGUCUUUUUAAA